GUACCAUCAUCGAUCAAUCAAAAUCAAAUGUAGCUGAAAAUAAAAUAUAUUUCAAUUUUAUAACCGAGAAAAAAACUAGCCAUAGUUGGCCGUGUCCAUGUCAUCAUCAUCAUCAUCAUCAUCCACACAAUUCUCAGUGUGCUAGGUAGACGAACCAAAAAAAAAAAAAAAAAUUUCUUUUGCCCAGGAUCAAAUUUGAAACCAGAAAACAAAACAAAACAAAAUGGUUCUAUCGGCCAAUAAUAAAGUGGAUGUUUUGGGACGUUCAAUACGUAAUAGUACAUUGAAUCGUAUCGAAUCACCAACAUCAUCAAUUAAAUCCAAUUCAAGUGAUGAAACAUCAUCGGAUAAAGUAAGAUUGAAUGAUGAAUUAUUACAUAUGAUCAUUACAAAUAAUAUGAACAAUAUCAUCACUAAAACAACAACAUCGUCAAUUUUAAAUAAUAAUAAUAAUAAUAAUGCACAAAAAUCAAUGAUAACAACGAAAAUUAAUCCAAUCAUUGAUGAUCAUCAUAUGAAAACGAAACAAUUUAAUGAUGAUGAUGAUGAUUUGAAAAAUUACAAUACAACGUAUCAUAAAAUAAAACAAACAAAAAAGACACCGACCGGAUUCAAUACUGAUUCUAUGAUGAUUAAUUCUGAUGUUUCAAACUAUAUGAUGAAAAAAAAUUCACAACGAAUGAAUACAAAUGCCGGUGUUAAUGAUUUGAUGGCCGAUAGUGAUCCGAAAAAAGCGAUGGCCGCAUCAGGAAAUUUUAAUAUAAAUAAAGAAAUGUCCACAAUGUUGGAUUCAAAUCGUGUACGGAUGAUGUCAAUAUAUUUCAAUUAUUCAUCCGUUGUUUCACAUGCCAUUAAAGAUUGGUUCGAUGGUACUGUACGUGGCAAAAUUGGAUCCGAACAAAUUCUUUAUGACAAUGUUUUACUAUUCUUUGCCUAUCUAUAUUGUGCUCGAAAUAUUAUGUUGGCAUUUAUUGAAGAUAUUGAACUUCGUGGCUGGCUUGGUGAAGGUGAACGUAUACGGCCAUAUCGUCAAUUGGUUAUGGUAUUGACCAUAUGGUCAGUUUAUAUGGUGGCCAUAUUACGAAACUUUCGUCCGAAUCCAUUACGUAAACAACCAUUAUCAUGGCUAGAACCUUUCCGUGUUCUACGUGGUGAAUCGACACCAAAAUCAUUUGGUCUAAGUGAACCAAUGCUACAUUCCUGGUUUGAAUAUUCAAUAUCAAUGUGGCGUUUCUAUUUCGGUUUUGCUUUGGUAAUAUUCAUGGUAAUUUCAUUGCAAACAUUGGGCAUGCUACGACAUCGUUGGAAUAAUUAUCAUGAUCCACAAUCGAAUAAUUGGUAUAAUAUAAUGUUACUAUUCUGGACAAUGGUACAGAUUGGUUGGGCAAUUUUGAUCUGUACCCAUACAUAUAUUUGUGUUGUUUUUUUCAAUUCUUUAUGUUAUUAUUUCCGUAUACGUUAUGAAAAGGUGAAUGAAGAUAUCGAGAUUAUCAUUAAUAAACGUUUGAAAGCCAAUGAACGUGUUGCAUUAUUACAUCAUAUUCUGGUUGAACAUAAUUCAUUAUGUUUGAAAGUUUCUGAAUAUAAUAAAUUCUGGUCAUCACAUUUGAUGUCUACAUAUUUCUUCUUGGUGGCUGUUAUUUGUUUCAGUUCAUUUCAGGCAUUUUUCACAGCCAAUCUUGUCAUUGUACGGCUUUAUAUGUUUGGCGUUGCAUUAUUGGCCGGUUAUAUUAUUACACGAAUAUCUGUAUCGGCUGCAAUCAUGUCCAAUCGGGCACAUGAACCAUAUGGCCGAUUAAUUCGUGUAACAUUUGAAAAAUAUCCCGUAGAAUUACAGAUUCAACUUCGAAUGUUUAUUCAACGAACAUCUGGUCCGACUAUUGGAUUCUAUUGUUUGGAUGUAUUCGAAAUUACUUAUACAACAUAUGCUAGCAUAUUGGCAGCAUUGGGACAGAAUUUCUUGCUUAUCGUCGAUUUUGUACGAUCAUAUGCUGAAGUUGGUAAAGAAUUUGAAGAGAUAUCAUUCUCUGAUCUUAAUAUGCUAACCGGUAGCGUAUUUAAUUCAACACUCGAUGUAUUGGAUGAAAUGACCGGUACACAUAUUUCGGAAGCAUUACAUUCGAAUGGUUCAUUUGUACCAUUCUAAAAAUCACCAUCACCACGGUUUAUUAUAAAACAAAAACAAACACUAAAUAUUUAUCACUAAUCGAUUAUUUAGAUUAUAAAAUUAGGUUUAUUUAUUACUUCACCAUUCAUAUAGAGAAGA